UUAAUCCAUUAGAUUGCUUUGGAAUUUCUCGUGAAAAUACUUCCUUACAAGGAAAAGUGGAAAACCCUCCGGUGCCCCACAGCUUGAGCACAGCAUCAAUGGCGCCGGUACUACCAACUGAAAUAAUCUCCGUAAUUCUCUCAAAAUUGCCAGUUAAAACACUUCUCCGCUUUCUAUGCGUCUGCAAAUCCUGGAAUUCCUUAAUCAAAACCCCCAAUUUCAUCAAACUCCACCUCAAUCAAACCCUAAUUUCCAGUUCCGAUCGUUAUCUCCUCAAAUGGUCAAAACACACCUCUCCUCAGUACGCCGACCUCGACAUCCACCGCAACAACCUCCAAUUCUCGGACUUUAACCACCCUCUCGAAACCCAAGUUGUCCACCUGCUUGGUUCCUGCAACGGCAUCGUUUGCAUCUCCGACUCCUCCAAAAACAAUGUCUUCCUCUACAAUCCUCUCACCAAAUCUCAUCGUAAGCUCCCUGCCAAUCCAAUUCCUCCUAACAUUAACAAAGCUACUUUGGUUUUUGGAUUUGGAUACGACAGCAAGAACGAUGAUCAUAAGGUGUUGAUGAUGGUUUAUGGGUACAACAACAAGGUUUUCCACAGUGAAGCGAAAAUGUAUAGUCUGAGCAACAAUUCAUGGAAAUCUGCUCAAGGUAUCCCGUACCAUCUCUAUAGUUAUGGAUGUCAUGGUAUUGUUGUUAAUGAGACUAUAAAUUACAUUGUGAUUAAGCCUGUUGAAUUGAAGUCAUGUAAGCUCAUCGCUAGUUUCGAUCUUGAGACUGAGAUUUUCUCGUAUAUGGAUUGUCCCAAUUGUAGUGAUAAGUGGAGUAAUUUGUCUAUGCUUUUGAUGGAAUGGGAUGGAUGUUUGUGUGUGAUGGUGGAUUAUCAAAAUGAUGAUUUUAUAGUGGAGUGUUUUGAAAUGUGGGUAAUGAAAGAGUAUGGAAACAAAGAGUCUUGGGUUAGAUUGUUUAGUAUUUGCCAGCCAGAGAGUAUUGAAGCUUAUAUGGAUAUUAAGCCUGUUGUUUACUCCAAAGAUGGGCGUAAAAUUUUGUUGGAGAUAGACAGUUUAAAUUUUGGUUGGUAUGAUUUGAAGUCCAAUGUAUUUGAUAGAUGCACAGCUCUUGGGCUUUCUGAUGGAGCUAUCAACAUGACAAAGUACGUGGGCAGCCUUGUUUUACUCGAACAUGAGCCGCGUCUUGUAAGGGAAAUCUUGCCAAGGAAGAACAAAAAGAAAAAUAAUGAUUUGGAUCAAUUUCUUUCUACUGGGUUCAAGCUGAGGCUAUGACUUAAUUUAAGAUGUUUCUGCUGUCUGCUGGAACCAUGUCCGAUCUUUAUAAUUUUUGCAAUUUUCAAUGAUUUUGAGCUCCAACGAACCUUCUGUGCGCCCCUCCCCUUGGAAAAUCAAUUUGAGACACCGUUUUGGGACAGGACAGGAUGGACUAAUAUUGACAGAAGUAAGAAGGUGAGAAGAUUUGAUUUUGCGUGUUAAUUCCGAGGUAGUUUGGAGUUUUGAUUUUCUUACCCCCCUGCCUGCUUUCGUUCGCUUAGAACAACAGCCUGUUAAGAAAAUCAAAACUUAGAAUUGACGAAAGCAGGCAGGGGGGUAAGAAAAUCAAAACUAUGAAAACUUAGAUUUGAUUUUGCGUGUUAAUUCCGAGGUAGUUUGGAGUUUUGAUUUUCUUACUCCACACAUUUCGUAGUGGCUAAACCUAAGUUUUCUGAUUUCUUAUUCGUCUGGGUAUGGGUAUAUCUUGCACUUGCUCUUGUUGAUGAUUGCUUGUCUCCACAACAUUGAGGUUUUUGCAUUCUUACAUUUUACAUGUUUGAUAGUUUUUUUUUUUGGUCUUUUUUUUAAAUUCUACGAUGGCUAUUUUUUAGUUCGAAAAAUCAAAAGCUGAAAUAUAUGUUUGUAU